AAAGCGUGCGCGCCACCUUCAGAGGAAGCUGCACGCGGGAUGUGUGGGACAUAAUGGUGGAUAGGUAGGGAACACACUUAAGCUCGCUAAGAGUAGCUCUUCAACUGUUGAUCAAUUCCCAGUUGUUGUCUUGGACUCUUCCAUCGCUCUGACCCGACAACCGCUCGCUGCUGCAGCCCGCUUGGACUGGACGACGCCCUGGACCACAGAAAAAUGCCGAAUAUCAAAAUAUUUAGCGGUAGCUCACACCCGGACCUGUCUCAGAAAAUAGCGGACCGCCUCGGUCUCGAGCUGGGAAAGGUUGUAACAAAGAAAUUUAGCAACCAGGAAACAUGCGUGGAGAUAGGGGAGAGCGUGCGUGGGGAGGAUGUCUACAUCGUACAGAGUGGUUGUGGAGAGAUCAAUGACAAUUUGAUGGAGCUGCUGAUCAUGAUAAACGCCUGCAAGAUUGCCUCCGCCUCCAGGGUCACCGCUGUCAUCCCCUGCUUUCCGUACGCCCGGCAGGACAAGAAGGACAAGGUGGGGAGCCGUGCCCCUAUCUCUGCCAAGCUGGUGGCCAACAUGUUGUCGGUAUCAGGCGCUGACCAUAUAAUCACAAUGGACUUGCAUGCUUCACAGAUCCAGGGAUUCUUCGAUAUACCCGUUGAUAACUUGUAUGCAGAGCCAGCUGUUCUGAAAUGGAUUAAAGAGAACAUCCCAGAGUGGAAAAACUGCAUCAUUGUCUCACCUGAUGCAGGAGGAGCCAAGAGGGUCACAUCAAUAGCAGACAGGUUGAACGUGGACUUUGCUCUUAUUCACAAGGAGAGGAAAAAGGCGAACGAGGUGGACCGCAUGGUUCUCGUCGGAGACGUGACCGAUCGGGUCGCCAUUCUUGUGGAUGAUAUGGCCGACACAUGUGGCACAAUCUGCCAUGCUGCUGACAAACUCAUUUCUGCUGGAGCAACUAAGGUGUAUGCCAUCUUAACUCAUGGCAUCUUUUCUGGCCCAGCGAUCUCCCGCAUCAACAAUGCUUGUUUUGAAGCUGUGGUUGUCACCAAUACGAUCCCUCAAGAGGAGAAGAUGAAGCAUUGUUCCAAAAUACAGGUUAUUGACAUCUCCAUGAUCCUUGCUGAGGCCAUUCGCAGAACUCACAACGGCGAGUCCGUGUCGUACCUGUUUAGCCACGUUCCCUUGUAACAAAAGCUGUCUGCCAUCAACCUUGUGCUAUUAACACCAAAUAAGAGAAGAGGGAUUUUCCCCAACUCAAACACAACCAUUAACAAAGAUGUUCAGCUAAUUAAUUGUUUGGAGGGAAAAGAAAUGUCAUGUCUGUUACUAACGCUGGCCCCACCUCACUUUAAGUCCUUUCCCUUUCAGCGGUGUACCGUCACGCCUCGGGCGCCAAAGCAAUCACAAGCUACCAAUUCAGGCUGGCAUAUUUAUUUUAUAUGGAUAAAUUGUGUUUUAUCCACUGUGAACUUUGUUCUUCGUUCAUAACUUUUCAAUCCAGAGUUUCUCCUGACCAUCUCACCUCUGCAGGAGUAAUUUCAGUCUGUUGUCAAAGAGCUAAUAUGAAUAACCCUGGAUGGCUCCAGUGGUCAGGAGAAGCUUCUGCUAUAUGAAGCUGUUACAGUGCUUUUUUUUGUUACAUUGAACGAGAGUAGUUUUUUGUUUUUUUUGUUGCUUGUUUUAUCCACUGCUGUUUAAAAGAUUAUAAUUACUGAAGUGAAUGUGUUUUGAGAGUUUACAGUGCCACUGAAGCUCCACUCAACCAAGUGUGCCUCAACAGUCUGAAAUGAAAAGAUUUUUCUUGCUUUAUUUUAUUUCUCUCCCUCCCAUGUUUCUGUUUGGAUUCCCAUUGGACAAAGCACUUCGGUUUGUCUUAGCAGGCUGAAAACAAUAAUUUUGGAUAUUUCUUUCGGCUCUUGAGGUGCCCUCAUUGAGUGGGGUUUGCCCAGUGUCCUCGAGGGUCUGUGAGGAGCCUUCCAUAGUUGGGUUGUUUGGUUUUUAGCUUGGGGUCUCUGCAGGCUGGAGCUUCCUUCAGAAAUGUUCACCUGCCUUUUAUUUCUUUGUCUGGAGGAAGGAGUUGUCAGUUAUGUGCAUAAUCCAAAUCUUUGUGUUUUUAUUUUUUUUCAGUAGAAUGAAUGUGCCAGUUAUUUGAUGAAUGCAUUCUUAAUACAAUUAAAUAUGCGUCAGAUCUUAAA